AUGCAGUCUGACGGGGAGGAAACUUUGCUGCAUUCAUGCUUCGGCUCACUAAAGACCGCCGUCAUGGGUUGCUGUUACAGUAUUUGUCAUAAGGAAACCGAUCCGGAGGAGAACAUUGUGAACGAACGAACACACCUCCUCGAAGUGGCGGAGCAGCAGCAGGAGACGCCGUCGCCAACGGCGUGCACCUCCACGCCCCCUAGGAAGCCGGACGAACAGAGCGCCCUCAACAGGAUACUCCACGAAACCGCCACCAACGUGAUAGACGUGGGCGCGUUGGGGCCGUACGCCCUGGAGGCGAGCGCUUAUAACGAGCGGGUGCGUGCGUAUACCGCCCGGGCGGCCGCCGCGCAGCCGCCGCCGCCCGCCGCGCCCCGGCUGCUCGCCGACCUGCCGCCGGCGGCGAGGGGCGCCGCCCUCUCCGCCCCGCCCCCCACCGGCGCAGACCGCGAGCUGAUAACGAAUGCCGUCAAAAAGGCUGCAGCAGCCAUCUCCGAGCUCAGGGUGAAGCACCACGAGGACCUGGUGGUGCCGUUCCGGGUGCCA